AGGGGCAGCCUGUCUGGACCUUAUGCAGACCAGUCUUGUCUUAAAUUCAGAAGCCUGGCUAGACCACGUUCUGAGUGUAAGCGAACUGAACGAUGUGUCCUGAACAAGUUGUUACCACUUUAAAAGUUUGGCGAUAGCUCCUCCUCCUGGUAUGCGUCAGAAGGUCAGCUGCCGAAGAGGUCACAGGCACGUCUAUGAUUAAGAUGGCGGCCUCCUUGUGUAAUCAGCUAUGUGUCAGAAGAACAUGUCUACUGUUGUCCAGUCGGUCAUACACAUCUGCAGCACUACACGACAGAGCGCAUGUCUACAGAAUAUGUGGACCCGCAGUAAAUUCACAAUGUGCACAGGUGCGAUAUGCAUCAGGUGGUGGUCGCCGCAAAGGAUUCCUGGGGGAGUUUAUGGAUAACCUGAAGCAGGAGUUGAGUAAAAACAAAGAGAUGAAGGAAAGCAUCAAGAAGUUUCGAGAAGAAGCACAGAAGCUGGAGGAGUCCGAUGCUCUGCAACAAGCACGAAAAAAAUAUAAAACCAUUGAGUCUGAAACGGUGAAAACUUCACAAGUACUAAAGAAGACAUUCGGAUCCCUUUCAGAAACUGUCAAAGAGGGAUUAGAAGAGGUUACUCGAACAGAUAUCGGCAAGAAGAUCAAAGAGGGGGUGGAGGAAGCAGCAAAGACGGCCAAGUCCUCUGCAGAGACCGUGAGCAAGAGUGGAGAAAAGCUGGGCAAGACGGGCGCUUUUAAAGCCAUAUCACAGGGCAUGGAAUCUGUCAAGAAGGAGAUAGACGACCUAGGGCAGAGUGGACCCUACAGAGCUCCAAGCAGGUUACGGAAGAGGAGCGACUUCUCAUCCAAGGGCGCUGACGAAUCCAAAGUCUUUGAGGCUAACGAGGAGGCCAUGGGGGUGGUUCUUCACAAGGACUCCAAGUGGUACCAGCAGUGGAGGGACUUCAAGGACAACAACGUUGUUUUCAACAGAUUCUUCGCAAUGAAGAUGAAGUACGACGAGAGUGAAAACACCCUGGUCAGGGCCUCACGUGCAGUCACUGACAAGAUGACCGAUCUCAUAGGUGGGCUCUUCUCCAAGACGGAGAUGUCUGAAGUUCUGACGGAGAUCCUGAAGGUGGACCCAUCCUUUGAUAAGGACGCCUUCCUGAAGCAGUGCGAGAAGGACAUCAUCCCCAACAUCCUGGAGUCUAUGAUCCAAGGAGAGCUGGAGGUGCUGAAAGAUUGGUGCUAUGAAGCUACCUACAGCCAACUGGCACAUCCCAUUCAACAAGCCAAGGCUAUGGGCCUGAGGUUCAAUUCCAAGAUUCUUGACAUUGACAACAUAGACCUGGCCAUGGGGAAGAUGAUGGAUCAAGGUCCCGUGCUCAUCAUCACCUUCCAGGCCCAGCUCGUCAUGGUGGUCAGGAAUAGCAAGGGGGAGGUGGUGGAGGGAGACCCGGAGAAGGUGCUGCGGAUGAUGUACGUGUGGGCUCUGUGUCGGGACCAGGAGGAGCUGAACCCCUACGCCGCCUGGAGGCUCCUGGACAUCUCCGCCUCCAGCUCUGAGCAGAUCCUCUAAGACUGUUUUCAGGCCCACCAGAACGGUGCCGGUGCCCACGCCCACGCCAGUUACGCUCAGAACUGAAGUGCUUACCUGCAAACUACCCGCUUUCAUACCGGGCUCUGAACCUUUCCCACGUGACCAUUUGCUACCAAGAUGAACCACGUUGUCACGGUUGGCACACAAAAAAAAAAAACGAUUCGUUUUCGGUUUACUUCACAAACCAACUUUCCGGUUCCAGAACACUCAGACUUGCAGCGUGAACACGCCUGCCGGUUCGAGAGUAAGGUGCGGGAACGGGCACCGGCACAGUUAUCUGUUGGCCUGAACGCGCUUUAAGAGGAGCAGCAGCCCCACAGGAGCAUCGAGGAGGAGCAGAGAGGAGGGGGGUUAGAGGACAUUUGAAGACUGGGGGUGGGGGGUAUUUGAGGAAAGAUGUUGGGUGGGGAGGUGGGUUUGGAAAGAACUGUAGAGGCUCACCAAGCGGGGGGUGGGAUACACAUAUUUCCCACCCACGCCGUGAGUCCCAUCAGCUUGUAGCCAAAAAGAUCACAUCAUGUUGCCUCACCAGACUGUUUGAUGCCCUCGCCAACAAGUGUUCUCAGACUCGGGGACCCAAGUAAGGAGUCAAACCCCCCCAUCCCCCCCCCCACCCCCACACUCUGGGGAGCUAACUCAAGGGAAAACACUGGUGAAACCCCAACCUCCCCCUCUCUUCCGUCAAAGUGAAAUCCACUCACGGUGAAGCGACCAUCAUGAGCUGUCAAGAAGGUGGACGCCAGACCACAGAGAUUAGUCAUUCUUGCCCAAGCUGUUGCACUAACAGAAAGGUUUUUGUUCAGAUUUUUACUGUUCCAAUUAUUUUUUCCGGAGCCGGGGGGAAAUGAAUUUGGGGUUCCAAAUGGUUAACCUCUCGCCGGGCCCCAUGCUUUCAAAUUCAUGUAAGGUGGACACGAUGUCAUGUAUUUCAUAAGUCCAACAUGGAAAUCAAACAUUAUUUAUGAGGCAUCAGUUCUAUGGGGGAAAAAAUGCCAACAUGAUUUUAACGACCCAUUGCUCUAAAUCAUUCUGUUUUUCCACUUGCCUUACAGUUAGAAUCUUGGAAUUGUUCUGUGGUUGUAAUUGCAGACUGUAUUUUUUUAAAUAAUUCAGCCCUUUCAGACUCCUUCAUUGCUUCCUUUGAUGUUUAUAUUUGGGCUCAAGUCAAUGUAAGACAUGGAGACAUGGCAAAAAAAAGUGUGCGGUUUAAUUCCUGGCUCAGUAGCCUACCUCUCUGCAGGGAUUGGUGUUGGUAGAGUUAGACCGUCAGAAGACCACCUCAGUCUGUGAUGCUGACAGGUCACGGCUGGGGGCUGUAAGAAGCUGAUCUGUGAUGUAUACUGUAUUACACGCUCGUCUCCUCUCGCCUGGCGUCCAUAUGCAGUGUGGACUUAAGCUGCUUAAACCCUCUGGGUGUGUUCCAAUAUGCAACCUUGCUUCCUCCACUUGUGCUUGUGGCCUCGUACCAGGAAGUUAUAUGUCAUGAUGACAUCACUGACAACUGCAUUAUAUUUCAAUAUCUUGCAAAAGCUCAAUUGUAAAGUAAUGUUCUCGUUUGCAAUUGGGAUGGUGAAUGAAAAACAGUCCCUCAAAAGUUUUGUGGCUAGGCUGACAGCUGGGAAACUAUUGUUUUCUCCAUGAAGGAGGGGCCAGGAGGCGGGGCGAGGCCACAAGCACAAGUGGAGGACGCAAGGUCGUAUAUUGGAAGGCACACUCUCUAACUGCCACGGUGCAAUGUCUGACACUCCCCACUAGCUCAAAAAAGGAAGUUCCAUGCAACACAACAAAUAAAAAAACUGUAAAUCCUC